UAGAUUUAUUUUUCCUGUUUUUCAGCAAAAUGCCAGACAAGAAGCUUCCCGCAGUCCCCGAGACUAUUCUGAAGAAGAGGAAGAGGCAGGCAGAAAGCAGGGCACUCAGAGCCAAGGAGGCCCUAAAGUCCAAGAUCACUAAGAAGGCCAAGAGGGUUGAGGCCUUCAAAAGGGCUGAGAAGUAUGCCAAGGAGUACAGAACUCAGGAGCUUGACCAGCUCAGGUUGAAGAGAGAAGCUAAGAAGGAGGGAAACUUCCAUGUUCCUUCUGAGCCAAAGCUUGCCUUCUGCAUGCGUAUCCGUGGUAUCAACCAGGUCGCCCCCAAGGUCCGCAAGGUUCUCCAGCUCUUCAGAUUGAGGCAGAUCAACAACGGUGUCUUCAUCAAGCUGAACAAGGCCACUAUUAACAUGUUGAGGAUCUGCGAACCCUAUGUUGCAUGGGGGACACCCAACCUGAAGUCUAUCCGGGAAUUGGUCUACAAGAGAGGAUUCGCUAAGGUUGAGGGUAAGAGAACUCCUUUGACCUCCAACGAGAUUGUUGAGAAUACUCUUGGCAAGUACGGUAUGAUCUGUGUCGAAGAUGUUAUCCACGAGAUCGCAACUGUUGGACCAAAUUUCAAGUAUGCCAGCAACUUUUUGUGGCCCUUCAAGCUUAACACUCCCACCGGUGGAUGGAGAAAGAAAGUCAACCAUUUUGUUGAAGGUGGUGAUUUCGGUAACAGAGAGGAUAAGAUCAACGAGCUUCUCAGAAAGAUGGUUUAAACUUCUAUUUCUACUUGCUCCUGCCGGAAUAUUGUGAUUCUACGAUGCUCUUGUAAACUGUCCUUACGGUAACUCUUAAUAUCUGUGCUAAAGGAUUUGUUUAUUUCAGAA